AUGGAGGAUGAAUUCGGUGCGAGAUCUCGCUCUAGAAUAGAGAAUACUGGGCUUCUCUCAAGGACCCCAUGCCUUGAGGAUGAGGCAGCAACCGCUUCAGGCAGCAAUACCAGCCCAUCGAUUAAUCCAACAGUUCUUCUCUCUGCCGAACAUCCGGAAACGUCGUUUGGCGAAGUUACGCGGUUCAUGCGGUGCAAACAGAAAGGACUCGAGAAAUUUUCGCGUGUUCUACCUGGUGAUGAGAGGAUUCAUGAGAAUAUAUUCGUUGAAAAGCCAAUUCUUGGUCCUCCCGAUGAGUCUGUUACAACUGUCUACGACGCCGUGAGAAGGGCGGCCUCGAUCACAUCAGACGGGCCGUUCUUUGGGGAGCUGAAAGAUGGAAAGUACGCAUGGAAAAGCUACGAAACGGUGUCACGUGAUGCACAAGUUCUUGGCUCCGCUUUGUUACAACUGGGAAUCAAACCCGGAGAAAACACCAAAGUGGGCAUUGCUGGAGUGCACUCCGUAAGGUAUAUGAUUGCUGUACAUGCUUUAGUUUCCUACAGUAUGGUGCUCGUACCUCUUUAUCAUAACUCUAAAGUCGACGCAUUAUGUGACAUAAUCAAUAAAUGUGACCUGGAAGUGGUUUUCUGCGAUAAUGAAGCUCGCGCUGAAACAUUCAUCAAAAAAGUUAACGAGGGAGUUAUUCGAACACCAAAAAAGUUCAUUAUCCUGAACACUACCAACAAACAGCCGAACGGCGAACACGAUGCCGUACAUGGUCUUGAGGUCUACUCCUACGAUUAUGUCUACAAACUUGGCGAACAACAUGUUCAAUCUGUUGUUCCACCAUCUCCGAAUUCCACAUACAUUAUUUGCUUUACCAGCGGAACUACAGGUCAGCCGAAAGGGGUGAUGCUUACUCAUCGGUCUCUGCUGGCGGCCGUUGCUGGCAUCUACAUUCAGUUCACCUCGCCGCCUAAUAACCUCUCAUACGGGAGAGAUGACGUUUAUUUCAGCUUUCUUUCCUUAGCACAUAUUUACGAACAUCUUAUGCAGACAUUCACUAUAUACAACGGAGGCCGUAUUGGUAUAUACAGUGGAGACGUGUCGCGUCUUCUAACUGAUAUUCAGAUUCUUCAACCGACGAUCAUCAGUUUAGUCCCACGUCUACUGAAUAAGCUGCACGAUCAAAUCCACGCGCAGUUCACAAAGAAAAACAUUCUCGUCAGGAAAUUAUUCGAAUACGCUAAACAGGCAAAGUUGAAGCUGCUGCAUAACGGGAUCCAGAAGCAUGACACCGUCUGGGACAAAUUGAUUUUCAAAAAAAUUCACCAAGCCGUUGGAGGGCAUGUCCGUAUGUUAACCACAGGAGGAGCUCCGGUGAUCCCAGCGGUGAUGGACUUCAGUAGGAUAGCAUAUGGAUGUCCACUGGUUGAGGGUUACGGACAAACGGAAUGUGCAGCUGCAGGCACGCUUAGCAUGCCUUGCGACACCUCUUCCGGUCAUGUCGGGGGGCCGUCACCGUGGGCGCAGGUCAAACUCGUGGACGUACCCGAGAUGGGCUACUUCUCAGCGGAGAACAAGGGAGAAGUGUGCUUCCGGGGAGUAGCUGUGAUGAAGGGUUAUUACUUGGACGAAGAGCUUUCCUCUAAAACUGUUGACGAUGAAGGAUGGCUGCACACGGGGGAUAUUGGCGAAUGGCUCCCCAAUGGAGCACUGAAGGUGACAGACAGAAAAAACGCUCUGUUCAAGCUUGCCCAAGGCGACUUUGUAUCUCCAGAACAAAUCGAAACAGCAUACCUCAAUUCUAAUCUCAUCGACCAGAUUUUCGUCACUGGACUAACCACUCGAUCUUUCCUCGUCGCAGUUGCAGUUGCGAACACCGAAGUUCUGCGUGGAGCUCUAAAAGCACGAAAUGAUUUGGCGAAGUACGCUGAUCAACCGGUCGAAAAUCUACUCGCUGAUGCUGAGGUGCGGCGGUUUGUCCUUCAAGAACUCAACCGUUCUGGCAAGCAGAAAGGUCUCCAGUCAAUCGAACUCAUCAGGAAUAUUCACCUCAUUUCCGAGGAGCUUACAGCAGAAAGCGGCCUCGUCACCCCAACACUGAAACUUCGUCGACAUCUUUUGAAGCAAAAAUUCGCCAAAGAAAUCGAAAGGAUGUUUGCGGAAGAAAAAACGUUAUAG